GCAAUAUCUAAUGCUUACCAUGAGAAAUUAUUUUUAAUAUUUAUAAAAAAGGGUAAAGCUUUUCCUUUCUGUGGAAUGCCGAUUAAAAAUUUCUCAUGUGGAUUCAGCCAGUGGUUUGGGGAGACGAACCUUCCACCUUAGACCAUGGCCAAGUACAUCCAUAACUUUUCGGAGAAGGCACCGUCGAUGGUGGCCACUGCCAUGACUUACUCAAAGCCUCUAUUGGCCACAUUUUGGCACUACGUCAAGGUUGAGCUGGUUCCCCCAACCCCUGGUGAAAUCCCUACAGCUAUUCAGAGUGUGAAAAAUAUAAUUCACAGUGCCAAAGCUGGUGGCUUCAAACACCUUACAGUGAAGGAAGCCAUGCUGAACGGUUUGGUGGCCACUGAGGUGUGGAUGUGGCUUUACAUCAUAGGCAAACGUGGCAUUGUUGGCUAUGAUAUUUGAAGACCAAUCUUUAACUUCUGAUUUGAGUUCUUAUAUGAAUGUUCUUGGACCAUGUGUAAUGAGAUUGCUAUCUGAAUAAAAUGAUAGCUGUGGAAAAAAUUACUCAUGUGUAGAAUUAGGGUGCUCUCUAUAAUACAAGUGAA